GCUACACACUUGGUGUUACGAUUGUAAACGUACGUUGUUUACAAAUUUGUCGUACAUUUUGCCUCUGUACGCAGUGCAUCGUGCGUUGCCUUGUAUAACCAAUCAUUGUAGACCCAUUAUUACCCUUUUUUCCUUUUGCUUGUAGCGUAAAUUAGUAAUUUUAUCUGUUGUCGGGUUCAGCGUUUACCUCUCCGUCAUUUUCGCAUCACUUAUUCGUCGUGUAAGAGCCGCAGAUAUUUGGCCGUAUUGUUGACAGUUUACUUAUCUCUUGACGUUAAGCGAGCUCAGGUUUUAGGAGGCGCAACUUGUGAAAUACGUGCAGUGUCAGAUGUUUCCGAAGGUUUUGGAAUUACAAUGGGAGUUGCGGGAAGGUGAUUUGGAAUAAGUCUAACAGCUCCCGCGCACUUCGUGAACUUUCUCCCGUUAUGGACAGCUUCGGCGUAAUGCGUGUGGGAGGUCGUUUGGACAAUGCGCCAAUACCAUAUGAAUUGAAACAUCCCACCAUACUGCCAAAUGAACAUCAUUUAACCUCGUUACUGAUAAUUAAGUGUAAUGUACAGAAACUCCUCUUGAACCAUCAUCGGCUGGAUUUAAUUUAGUUGGAACGUGGCGCGAAUUUGAAACAUCACAAUUCUGCUCGAUCGUAGUUAGUCUGUUAGCAACAAACGUUGUAACCGUUUCGAAGAGUUACGAGUACUCUGUAGUAUGGCAGUCGAAUUCGCCCAAAAGAAGUUCUGUCUCAGUAAAAGGUCUAGCUCUUUUCUAAUUAUUGCUCCCAAUCUCACGGCUAAAACCGCCGCAGUUAACUCCAAACGAGGCACUGAUACGGGUUCAAUUUAAGCUGAUCUAGAUUUGCCCAUCAGAAAAGUGCAAUGAACUCUGAAUUGGUCGUCACUCGAGACGCAGAUAUGCAACGGCGCUGUAUUCGUUAUUCGAUGCGCCUGCAAAAAUAUGUACGUUACUUCGACUGGAGCGUCCAAAGUCAAGCGGUCUAAGACUGCGACAAAUUUUCAGGUUUUCCAUUAGUUGAAUUUGGUUGGCCCAGCUAUUUGCAUCACGUUCACAAAUAGCAUCGUCCCAGCCGAUCUUCUUACGGCAUAAAUCCUGUACCAACAACUUAGCAGUCAACGUGGCAAAAGCCUAAAAUCCAAGGGGAUCAAAUAACGAGCUUAACGCGACAAAAUACCGCGCCGAGUGAGCUCUCGAGCAUGGAUAUCAAGCUUGCACCCGCCCUUUUUUAAACAAGAUUGAUAAAAUCUUGGCCAUGCGUUAAUGCCUUAGUUGCUGCAAAUAAUUUUGCCUAUAUGAAAAUGGAAGUCUAAAGAAACAAAUGCAAUAUUUUCGAUUUGAUUAGGGUGACAUAAAUUUCAGCAGCCUUGCGGUACAAAGUUGUAAAUGCUAAUUGUUUUAUACUGCAAUGAUUCCAACAAUAAACUUGUCUGAUUUUAAGUUGGUGACAUACUUGAGGGAUUUAAAAUUAUUGCAUGCUUUUGAAGCUACUUUGUACAAUUUGUAGUCUAUCUUUCUGUCAAUUUUACAUAGUUGAAUUUUGCAUUAAUCAUUGAAACGAACGUUCCCGUUAUACUAUUAUAGGGUUAGCAUAAUAAACCUUCAGAAAUAUAUAAAAUGAAAUUGGACGAUAUCGAGGAGAAAUUCGGUGGCAUCAGUCGUUAUCAAAUAUUUGUCAUCGUGAUGACAGCAACAGCUGUCUUUGGAACUUCAUCGAUGUCCCAAUCAGCAAUUUUUUUCAGUGCCGUUCCAGAUCACAGAUGUGCAAUACCACAAAUCGACAAUCUUACGCUUCUACAUUCAAAUACCACGGAACAUAACAUUUCUUCACUAUUUAUACCGCCUGGAGAUUCUUGUCAUAGAUACAACUAUAAUUUAUCUGUAUGUGAUGAACAUGGAGACUUAUCUUGUGUUACAAACCAAACAAAAGUAGAAAAAAUAAAAUGUGACAACGGAUAUGUUUACGAUAAAACUCAUUUCAAGAGUACGACGGUAUCUGAGGCAAGUUUUCUUUGGCACAAUCUGGUAGAAAAUACCAUUAAUUCAAGUAUUAGUUGCUGCGAUAGCCCAUCACGAAGCAAAGAAUUUAAAUAUAAAUUGAGAAUAUAUAAACAACAUUGUCCAAACUUUGUAAUGAUUACAAGGAUAUUUCUCAGCAUAAUAAAUACAUAUUCAAUAUGGUAAAUUACCAUUGAUAUUAUGAUUUACUUUUUAAUAUAAGAUAAUGGUUUUCAUCCAUCUUGCCUUAUUUUUAUUUUCACAUGGAUCACUUAUAAUUCUUGUUUUCAUGUGCGUGGGUUUCAUGACCAUGUAUGUUGACGCCCUUGUCCCUGUUGUUUUCUGGAAUUUUUGAAUUUCACACAUAUCCUGGCACAUUG